CUGCAGGAUCAAUACGUGCUGGCCAAGCUGGAGGAGACGGAGAAGUCAUUCAAGGAGCUGCAGGAGCGCAUGGCCGACCCCGAGGUCAGCGGCAACAACACAGGGUACCAGAAGCUGGUGCGUGCUGUGUCAGACAUCCAGGACGCGGUGGACGGGUACACGGCAUACAAGGACCUGGAGCGCCAGCUGGCAGACGCCAAGGAGCUGCUCAAGGAGUCGGAGGGCGACCCCGAGAUGGCUGAGCUGGCGCGGGAGGAGAUGGAGGCUCUGCAGGCGGCCAUCGAGCAGCAGGGGGAGCGGCUCAAGUACCUGCUGCUGCCCAAGGACCCGCUGGACGAAAAGAACAUCAUGCUGGAGGUGCGGGCUGGUACGGGUGGCGAGGAGGCGGCGCUGUGGGCGGCGGACCUGAUCCGAAUGUACCAAAAGUAUGCAGACACGCAGGGGUGGAAGGUGUCCCUUAUGAGCGAGUCCUCUGCAGAGGCGGGCGGCUACAAGGAGUGCGUGCUGCAGAUCACGGGGGACAGGCAACUGAAGUACGAGUCGGGGGUGCACCGCGUGCAGCGCGUGCCCGCCACCGAGACCAGCGGCCGCGUGCACACCUCCACCGCCACAGUGGCCAUCAUGCCUGAGGUGGACGACGUGGCUGUCAAGAUUGACCCCAAGGACAUCGCAUUGACCACGGCGCGGGCGGGCGGCGCGGGCGGCCAGAAUGUGAACAAGGUGGAGACUGCGGUGGACCUGAUGCACAAGCCCACCGGCAUCCGCAUCUUUUGCCAGGAGGAGCGCACGCAAGGGCGCAAUCGAGAGCGGGCCAUGGCGCUGCUGCGGGCCAAGCUGUUUGAGCUUGAGCUGGAGAAGCAGCGCAGCGAGAUCUCGGCGCGGCGGAAGAGCCAGGUGGGGACGGGCAGCCGGUCUGAGAAGAUCAAGACCUACAACUACAAGGAUACACGCAUGAGCGACCACCGCUCCAAGAUCAACUACGACCUGAACAAGGUGAUGGAGGGGGCGCUGGAUGAGUGCAUCCAGACCAUGGUGAUGCUGGACCAGCAGGAGAUGCUCAGGGACCUGCUGGAGACAGCUUGA